UUGUGUUAUGCUGCAAUAGAUAGAGAUUCUGGUGACUUUAUGAUUAAGAGCUACCAUCCUGUACAUAAGUGUACAACUUCUAACUAGAACAAAAUGUGCAACACUAAAUGGCUUGCUGCUAGAGUUAAGGAUGAUAUAAUUAAGCAGCCAUCUUUAAGAAUAUGGGAAAUACAAGACAUGUGCAGGGAUAAGUUAGGAAUUUAUGUUGGUAGGACAAUUUGCUACAAAGCAAAGAAGCAGAUUCUAAGAGAGUCUAUGGGUGAUUGGAAUUUAGAGUUUGCAAGAUAGUGUGACUAUGCUGAUAUUAUAAAACAGACAAAUCUUGGUAGUUCUGUUUGGGUGAGGAUGGACGGAGAAAGUUGUCCAGGGAAGAAUUUGUUUGUAUACUUCUGUGUCUGCUUGGAUGCAUUGAAGAAGGGGUGGAUGGAAGGUUGUAGGAGAAUAAUAGGUUUUGAUGGGUGUUUUCUAAAGGGUGCUUGUAAAGGUGAGUCGCUAGUAGCGGUUAGCAAGAAUGGAAACAAUCAAAUGUUUCCUAUAGCUUGGGCAGUUGUUGACUCAGAGACUAAUCAUAGUUGGAGUUUUUUCAUUAAUUACUUGAAAGAGGAUCUGCAAUUGGGUACUGGAGAGGGUCUUACUAUUAUGGUAGACAUGCAAAAUGGUUUUCAUGCAGCUGUAGACAAAUUGUUACCUAAUGCUGAGCAUAGGAUAUGUGCCAGACACAUCUGGUCCAAUUGUCAUCAAGAAUGGAACGGUGAAGAGAGAAGAAAACAAUUUUGGAGAUGUUCUAAGGCCAGUUUUGAAGUGAAGUUCAGGUCAGAGCUUGAUAAAAUGAGCAAACUUGGUUGUGCCAGGUGCAGAAGCACCGAGCCAAAGUUCACAAGACCCUGUUCAGUCUUCAAGGACAGCUGCACCAAAAAGGCCAAGGCAAACUGCACCAAUAAGGUCAAGCCAGCUUGCACCUUCAACUUCAGUACCAGUUGCACCUACAAGCUCAAGCCAGCCUGCACCUUCAACUUCAGUGCCAGUUGCACCUACAAGCUCAAGCCAGUAUACACCUUCAGUAGCAGUUUGUGAUGAUACAACUAAAGUUAGGAGAGUGAAUCAAUCAAAAAGAGUUAGAAGCUCAAACCCGCUAGCCCCACCUACAGAUACAAGUAUUCCUAUUACAAGAGGAAUAACAAGUCAACUACCUCCUAGAAGAAGACAAAUUUCUAGAUAGAAGAGAGCCAAGGUUGAAACUGGAGAGGAACCUGCAAGUGGGGGACACAAGAGGGCAGCUAAUGUUGGAUUUGGCAUAUACACAAGUACAAGUGGAACUCAAAUACUAAAUCCAGGAACAUCAAGCCAAAGGAUUCUAGAAACUGGUUCAGCUUACAAGGAUGCAAGUCCAACAGGUAUAGACCUUGGUUAUAAGGCUAGAGGAUUGAGAUGGAAAAACAAGGAAGCUGUCAUUGGCCCCCGAUUGAAGCAGAUGGCAAACAAGAAGAAGAAGAAGAAGAAUUGGCAGUAUUAGGAUAGGAUGUAGUACUUAAUUGGCAAUGUAAUAUGGCACCAAAAAAUUUCUCUUUUUGGAUGGCUAUUUUGGCAAUCUGCUACUUGUAUGUAGCA